AUGUCAAAAGCGCACAAAGUCACCGAGUAUCAGGAACGCGUCUACGCGCUCCUGCAGCAGAUUCCUGAAGGCCGCAUCACAACAUACGCGGCCAUGUCGAAGGCGCUGAACAGCUCCCCGCGUGCAGUCGGCGGCGCGCUGAGAAACAACCCAUUUGCACCUGAUAUACCGUGUCAUAGGUGUAUUGCCAGUACUGGUUUCAUCGGCGGCUUCAAGGGUGAUUGGGAAAAGGUGCCCAGCGGGCAAAAUCAAGAAUCGAAGCGGAAACUGCUGGAAGGUGAGGGUGUGAGGUUUGAUGGAAAUGGGUAUUUGAUCGAUAGGAAGAUGUUGUGGGAUGGGUUUGAUGUGAAGAAGCUGAGAUGA